AUGAAUAAAAUAAAUGGAUCAAAAAUUGAUGACAUAAAAAAUAUUGAGAAACAUCUGAAUUCAUUGAACAGUCAUUUACAUAAAGGCGAAAAUUAUAAGAUGAAUAAAAAUUUUAAUAUUGCAAAUUAUAAUUUAGAUUUAAUUAAAUGUUUACAAAAUGAUUCAGGAAUUUAUUUCAUAUUAGAUCCAACAAAGGCUAUACACGAUAAAAAAAAUACUGAAGUAUAUGAUAUUUUUAUACCUGAAAAUAGUGAAGGUGUUAGCUUGCAUGUUCAGAAAAUUAAUGAAGAAUAUAAGUGUAUAGGUGUAAAUAUAACAAAAAAAGGCAUAGACAUAAACACAGGUACGAGAAUUUUUAACACAAAAAUAGCCGAUUGGCUAGAGCAACUUUUUCAUUUUAAUAAAACUUUAUCAGUUAACAAUAAUAAAACAUCCAACAACACAAAUAAUAGUAAUAAUAAUAGUAGCAGUAGUAAUUGUAACAGAUUGAAACUAGUUAAUACUAGCAAUUCUGUUACUACUGAGAGUAGUAGCAUCAAUCCAUGCACUGCCACUGUUAUAAACAGUAAUAGUAAUACGAACAGUUGCAAUAGUAGUAACAAUAAUAGCAGUAAUAGUAAUAAUAACAAUAGUAAUAGUAAUAGUAAUAGUAAUAACAAUAAUAACAGUAAUAACAGUAAUAAUAGCAAUUGCAAUAACAAUAAUAAUUGCAGUAAUAAUAGUAAUUGUAAUAAUAAAAACACGAGCGUUGCUGUGAAUUUCACAAAUAGUAGUGGAAAUAGCAGUAACAAUAACACUAACAGUAGUAGCAGUAAUAAUAAUAAUAAUAAUAAUACGACUCAUAACAGUGUCGUAUUAAAUGGAAGUAAUUUAACUAACAACAGCAAGUUUGGUAGUUAUAAUAAUAAUAUUAGAAAUGCAUCAUCAGGUAUGCAACAAACAUCCAUUACUAAUUUAGUAAAAAAUACCAAAAAUAAUUUUGAUAAUUUUGAAAAUAACGAAAAUUAUAAUUCCGUUAUGUGUAAUAAAAAAAAUAAUAAAAUUGUAAAUCAAUCAAAUUGUAAUUUAAAUCAAACUCUCGGUACUAGUAAUGUGGUAACACAUAUUGUACCAUCAACAAAUUUAUCAUCUACACAAUCAAAAGAUACGUCUUCCUUAUCAGUUCAUCCACACUUGCAGCAAAUGCAAAACACAAAACAAAUAAGGUUAAAUAAAAUGAAUAAUAAUACACACUCACAUAAUAAAUCUCAUUUGUUACCCUAUCAUAAUGUAAAUUAUGAGGAUAAAAAUAGUAAAUUAUAUAAUAAUACAAAUGGGAACAAUUUAAAUAACAACAAAAAUAUAACGAGUAGCAAUUCUGGAACAACUCAAGUACCAGCGAAUGUAAAUAGUGAAAUGAUAAAAAAUAAUAAAUUAGGAUGUACAAAUAGGCAGAAAAAUAUGAAUCAUCAUAUGCAUAACCAUCAACACAACUCCGAAAUAUAUAGUGCGCAUAAUUCGCAUCCGAGUAAUCACAUAUAUAAUAAUAACAAUAAUAAUAACAAUAACAGUAGCAAUAACAAUAACAAUAACAGUAACAAUAACAGUAACAGUAACAAUAACAAUAACAAUAACAUUAAUAAUAAUAGUAACAACAGUGGUAAUAGUAAUAAUAAUGGUAAUAAUAAUAAUAUGAAUCAUAGUAAUAGUCACAGUAGUCACAGUCAUAAAUCGCAACAGUCAUAUAAUGAAAAUUUUGGGUAUAGACCGACCCUUUUUAAUUUGCUAGAAGUGUUAGCCAACCAUAAUAUAACAACCCCAGACCAGCGGGUGUGUAUAAGAGGCAUAGUUACAGAUUUCUUAAAUAAUGAAUUACCACAUGGAAAGAUAUAUGCGUACAUUGGUGCAGUAGUGGGUCAUGAUAUUUUACAUGACAUAAUUAGAAAAUUAGAAAAAGAUCCUAAUAGGAAUGUCGUUCCAGAUGCGUCUGGGUUAGCACGAAUAGAAGCGGCCUUUGGCUUAAGCAAAUCAUCGUAUGAUUUUAUGAAUCAUAAUUCAAAUAAUUCUAGUGUUAGUAACAUACCUAAUGUAUUAUUUAAUCAUCAUAAUUUGAAUAGUGCCCUUUUGAAUAAUCAUAUCUAUUCUAGUAUCUUGUCUAACGUUGCUAAUAGUAAUUUAGGUAAUCAUAGCCAUAGCCACAAUCACAAUCACAACCAUAACCUCAACCAUAACGUCAAUAAUAAUGGCAAUAUCAGUAACAAUAACAAUCACAACAACAGUAGCAAUAAUAAUCAUAAUAAUAAUAUUUCGCUAAACAAUGAUCGACUAAGUAUGGAAGCAGAGAAAUUCCUUAGUAGUGGCAAAACAGCCGCGGAAAUAAGUAACAUACUUGAAUAUGCGAAGAAUGACAAAUUUGCGCAUUCAUGUAAUAAUUUGUUAAAUUUGAAUAAAAAGAAAAAUCUAAAUUUGAACAACAUGAAUAAUAUGAACAACGUGAACAACAUGAAUGGUAUGAACAGUAUGAACAGUAUGAACAACUUACUAAAUUUAAGGGGUGAUAACGUAUUUGGAGGUAACAACAACAAUAAUAAUAGCAUCAAUAACAACAACAUGAACAAUAUAAAUGGCUUCAAUGGGUUGAACGGGUUGAGCAGUUUGAGCGACCUAAACAACAUGGUGAACGGUAUGAACAAUAAUAACAAUAAAGGAGUGUUGAGUGCGCACGAGUAUUUAUGUGCGUCUAGGAAUUUAAAUAUGCACUGCAACAAUCUUAACAGAAGCAAUAUAUCUGAUGAUGAAGAGGAAUUAAUGAAAGUCAUAAAGAAAAAUAUAGAGACAUAUAAAAUGAAUAAUAUUAAGAAUAUCUUAAUUUCAUCCGUAUUUGGAAGAAUAAAAUGGUUAAAAAUUAUGAAUGAGUCACCACAUGCCUAUUUAUAUGGACAUAGUAUAGUAAAAUUUGGAAAUAAAUUAUAUAUGUUUGGGGGAUCAAAUAGUAAACAUAAAAAGGUUCCUUUUAAUCAUACAUUAACAUUUAGUUUAAUUUAUUACAAUUAUAAACUGUUACCUUUAGGAGGUAAUUACCCAGAAGAAAGAGAUGGACAUACUACGCAUUUGAUAUCUCUGAAAAAUGGCUUGUCCGUAUUUCUAUUUGGUGGUAGUAAUGAAAAUAUAUAUUAUAACGAUAUUUAUAUAUUAGAUAUGGAAACACGUAAAUGGUCUCAAAGAAUAACGAAAGGAAAGAUACCAUUACCCAGAGAUCAACAUUGUUCUAUUGUAUAUCCAGCUAAGAGUGAGCAUUUAAGAGGAGAAAAAUCAAAUUUAACAGAAGGUGUUAUUAUAUUUGGUGGUAAAUGUUUAUAUAAUAAUAAUAUUGUUAAUUUAAAUGAUAUGUGGAUAUUUUUAUUUCAAUUAAAUACGUGGAUACGUAUAAAUUAUUUAAGUGAAGAAAUACCUAUAGGUAGAUAUGGAAUGAAUUUAGUAUGGUCUGAUACAAAUACUUUGUGUUUAUUUGGCGGAGAAUAUUUUGAUGCAUCUAAAAAUAUAAAGGAGAGGAAAUUGCUAGAUGACAUGUGGGUAUUUAAAUUACACUCCUCUGCAAUGACAAAUGGGACAGGAAGUAAUAAUAACUUGAUGAGUAACUGGAAUAUGUGUAGAAAUUUUUUUUACAAUAACUCUAGUUCUAUGGAGGGAACGCUGUAUAACCCUAUUGACAUGAUCCAAACUGAUGCAUAUAGUAGUCAGCAGGGUAAUCGAAAUUAUUAUCAUAGUAAUAAUUCAAUUGAAAAAAAUACGUACGAAAGUGUAAAUAAUAUAGCUAACAGUGCACUACUUGAUAAUAAUAAUAAUAGUAAUAAUAAUAAUAAUAAUAUUAAUAAUUUUAAUAAUAUUAAUAAUAUUAAUAAUAUUAAUAAUAUGAAUAAUAAUAACAAUAACAAUAAUAGUAGUAGUAGUAGUAACAAUAAUAAUAUUAACCAUAAUAGUAACAGUGCAUAUAUAUCCAUGCCAUUGAGUGAUAAAGAUUCGUCGGAUAAUGAAAAGGUUCAUACGAGUAAUAUGUUGAAAAAGAUUAAAAUAACAGGGGAAUGGAAAAGAGAGGUGUAUGAAGGGAAAAUAGGAUGUAGAUCAAAUUAUAGUAGUAUUUUUAUAACACAAAGACAUCAAGAUUUUAAAGGAGCUGAACCAAAAACAAUAGAAAAAUUGAUGCUCCUUUGUAGCGGAAUAACUUAUAUUAAUAAAGAAAAUAAACUCAAAAUAGUAUCAAGUGAUGAAAUAUAUGUAUAUUUCUUUUCACAAAGAAGAUGGUAUUUAUUAAGAGGUAAAUUAUAUAAUGAAGAAUUCAUAUAUAAUGCUAGGCAAAGACACGUAGGUUGUUUCUUCGAGUCAAAGAAUGUAUUAGGUAGAGCAAAUAAAAAUCCUGUCCCUUGUAUAUUUAUACAAGGUGGUUUUAAAAAAAAUACAAUAUUUGGUGAUGCAUGGUUAUUAUCUCUUACAGGAGAAAAUCCAUUACGAGUACAUGAAUAUGAUUCAUCAAGAGAAAAAAUUUCAACAACUCAAAUGCCACUCUACUAUUUUAGAGACACACAUUCAAUUAGUUUAUUGUACAGUUUUUGUACGUUACAGAAAUGGCUCUUUGGUGCCUUUGCUAACUUAGUCGAUAAUUGUGUACAUGCAUUAAAUCCAGCAGAAAAUGUGUUUAUCAAGUAUGAGUUAACUCCUGAGCAUGAUGGUAUGUUGUCUAUACAAGAUGACGGGGAAGGUCUAGAUUUCAAUGCAAUGAAUAGAAUUUUAAGGAUGUAUGGGAAUUAUAAAAAUUAUGACAGUAAUUCGUUAUAUGAUAGUACGAGUAGUAAUAGUAACAUAAAAAAGCAUAGUUUACCUAAUACUGAUUUUAUCAAUAAUAUCAAAAUAGAUGACUAUAAUGAGUACACGAAUGAAGACAAUUCCUAUAUUAACCAAAAUGGUGGUAUAAGCGCGGUGUUUCCAAAUAAUAAGGCACAUGAGUAUGCUGUGGCAGAUGGAAGUAGAGAUCAUGCCGCGCAAAAGGGAAAGUACAACAAAAAUGCAAAUUACGAAAAAGGUAAAGAAGCAAAGGACGAUUAUGCAGAUAAUAAUGAUAAUAAUAUUUAUAAUGGCAACUGUGAGGGGACAAAUAAUAACGGUGAAAAGCAAUGUGGAGAAAAGGAGACUCGAGGUAGCAAUGCGGCUACGAAGAAUGACAGCAGUAAUGGUAAUAGUAAUGAUAACAAGGAGGGUAACAAUGACGGUAAUAAUGAUGGUAAUAAUGAUGGAAAUACUAAUGGGGAGAAAGGAGAUGUAAGAAACGGUAACAACAAGACAGCUGCUGGAACGUGUAAAAGCGUAGAGAAUAAUAAAAAGGGAGCAAAGAAUGAAAGUGAUGAUUAUUAUUAUAAAAAUUACGAUCAGGAAUAUUUUUACAAUGACAAUGCUAAUAGUAUAUUUGAUAUAAAAUAUGGGGUAGGUUUUAAAAUGUCCUUUGCAAGAAUUUCUUCAAGUUGUGCUAUCAUGUCGAGAACAAUAAAUACAAUUGGAAUUGGUCUAUUAUCUUUAGAGUUAAUGAAUCAUUGUGAUGCUAAAGAGUUAGCUACACCUUUGUGUAUGUGGAAAUUACCAAAUAAAGAAUUAAUAAAUAGAAAUAUUGCAAAUAAAUCAGAACAUAGACAUCAUCAAAAAUUGUUAAUGUCGUAUACCCCAUUUAAUAGCCCUAGCUUGUUAGCAGAACAAAUUAAUAUCUUAGGUACAUAUAGCGGAACAAGAUUAUUAUAUUGGGACUUUAGAGAUGAUAUGGAUUUUAUUGUAUUUUGUCCAUCUAAUAAUAAUAUUUAUUUGAGUAGUUCUCCCUUAACUAUAGAAGAGAUUAAAUAUAACAAGAAAAGAAAAGGUACUUCACAUAACAAUUACGGAAGUAGUACUACUACUACAGCUACCUCUACCAUGACUACAAUUACAAGUAGUGCGAAUAGGCAUCACUGCAUUGAAGAUAUUAAGCUCCAAAAUAGAGACUUUAAACGAAAGGGAAAUUUUGAGGAGGAAGAGAGACAAAAGAAGGCAAAGUUGGAAAUUGAUGUGGACCCUUCAUAUAACAAAAAUGAAAAUACCAGUAAUAACUGUAAGUAUGAUCAUGUUAAGGAUGAAAGAGAAGAAGGAAACAACAAUAGUAACAACAAUCGUAACAAUAAUCAUAACAAGGACAUUGACAGUAAUGACAGUAAUAAUAAUUACCCGAACGAGGAAAAUGUUAAGGAUCAUGAUAAUAAGAAUAGCAGCUGUUCCAGAAAUGAAAACGUGAAUAGUGCAGGAAACGAAGAAAAAAGCAAUAAUCUUUAUAAUGGUAUGAAUAGGAACGAUAUAGAUUUGAAAAAGGAAGAGUUAUUAAAUGGCAGUACUAUCGGUAGUGCCAACCAGUGUGAUGGUAACAUUAGUAAUAAUAAUAACAAUAAUAAUAAUAAUAAUAAUAAUAAUAAUAAUAAUAAUAAUAAUAAUAAUAAUAAUAAUAAUAAUAAUAAUAAUAAUAAUAAUAAUAAUAAUAAUAAUAAUAAUAAUAACAAUGAGAACAAUAAGAAUAGUAAUAUUAGCAAUAACAACAUUAAGUAUAAUAAUAAUGAUAGUGCGGCAUAUAAGAAAGACGCAAAAAAAAAUCCUGCAUCUGCGUCAUCGACAAACUCCAAUGAAGCCAAAUUUUACGACCUGGAGCAGUUUAAACAUUAUAAUAGUACACUAAAAAAAUUAAACUUAUUCGACUAUAAUUCUCAUCUACACGCUUCUAUAUCAAAAGAUAAAUACAAUAUUAGUACCAUCUUCCCCUUAUGGGAUCAUCCUAAGGAUAGUAUAGAUUACUGCCUCUCUACGUAUUUAUAUUGGUUAUAUUUAAGAAGAAACACGAAUAUAUUUUUACAAAACACGUUGCUCAUACCUACAUGUAUGAGAAAAGAAGACAGCAAUAAUAAUAGCGGUAAUAAAAAGAUUAACAAAUUAAAAAAAGGAAAAGGGAAAAAAGGAUACAAAAAAAAGAACAAAAAUAAUAAUGUUGAUUUGAAUCAAAAGAUAAGAGAUAAAAAGGAAAUUGGAAGUAAAAUGGAAGAAGAUAAUGAACAAGGGAAGAACCAAGUGCAUAACCCAACGGCGGAACUGAAUGAUAAUGACAAUCAUCAUCAUGUAAAGGAAGAAGAUGUUGACAAGGAGCAUACUACGGACAUAGUUGUUAAUGAGAAAUGUGAAAAGACGUGGAAUAAAGACCAUUUGGUUAAUAUGAAUGAUAAUGAUAAUAGUAAGUUGACUGUAAAAAGCGAAGUAGGAGUAGAAAGACAGUUGGAAAUGGAGGAAGAAAGGGAAAAAAAAAAUACAAAUACAACAAAUGCAGAAAGCGUAGAGGCUGAGAAGAUGCAAAAACAGGAAGAAGGUCGUGGAAACGUGAAGAAGGAAAGUGAGAAGGUUGAACUAAACGAGGGGAGGGGUAAAAUUGUUGAUAGAAAUGUAAAUAGUGUACAUGAAGAGGAUGAUGAUAAUAAUGAUGAUAGUGGACUAACAUUACUUGAUAAGAAAAAAUUAGAAGAGGCUUUAGAAUAUGGUAUAUCUCAAGAAACGAAAGAGGACAAUGAUAAAAAUAAAAAUGACUCAGAUGCAAGUGCAGAAGAAGAUUAUGAUAAUGAUGACGAUGAUAAUGAAGAGGAAGAUGAGGAUGGUGAAGAUAAUGAAGGGAAUGAAGAACAAGAAGAAGAUGAGGGUAAGAUUGAAAAAGAGAAUAAUGAAGCACAAACAGAAAUGUGUGCUGAUAAUAAUGGAAAUGAACAAAUGGAAUGGGAAAAAGAGGGUAAGGGUAAUAUUAAAGAAGGAGGAAAAAGAGGUAAGAGAGCAAAAAACAAACGUGAAAGAAAUGAAAAUAAUAAUCUGAGUAAUAAAAAGAAAGGAAAUAUGAAUAAUAAUGAAAUAAAAAAUGAUGACAAUGAAAAAGCAAGAAAAGAAAAUUAUGUAAACUUGUAUAUGGAAAAUUUAAAAAUAAAAGAUCAAUGUUAUAUAAAUAAUACAAGCAAGUAUACUCUCUACAAUUUUUUAAGAAAAAAAUUAUAUAAAAUGGUGGAAUUUCAUUAUUUAUUUACUCCAUCUGAUUAUGAAUAUGGAUCCUUUAUUAUGAUGGGUUUUUUAAAUGACAACAACAGUACAUCUAUAGAGGUGAAUAGAGUAUGUGAAGCAGGUAUUUUAUUAUAUUACAAAAACAGAUUGAUAAAAAGAUUAGAUGCACCUUUUAUAGAUUCUGCUUAUAACCUCUUUUUAUCCAAGUAUCCCCCGAAUCCAUCUCUCUAUGAUGGAAAUUUAUAUAAAUAUGCAUUAACAUGUGUUGUUAAUGUACCGAAUUGGUUGAAACCGUCUAUUAGUAAACAAGAAUUUAUACAUGAAAAUAAUUAUGCUUUCCUUCUCUUUAAAAAAAAAUUGGUUAGCUUAAUUAAGUAUUAUCUUCAAAUAUGCCAAGAUAAUUUAAAAUUAAGAAAAUGGAGAGAAUCAAGAGAUCUAAAAUUAAAAAAGUACCUUGAAAAAAUGCAGUACAGUAUGAGAAGAAUGAAAAAUGAUUCAGAUAAUGAACAUGAAAAGGCAUAUAAAAUUAUCUACAAUGAAAAGGAAAAAACAAAAAAAGAUGCUGAAAAGGAAGAAGCGGAAGAAGAUCAAGGGGAAGUUCACCGAGAGGAAAACAGACAACAUCAAAUGCAACUACAAGAACAGCAGCAGCAGCAGAAGAAAUCCGUCAAAACCGUUGAGAAGCCUCAGGAGGAAAUUAGGAAAAGGGAAAGUGAUUCAUCAAAUAAAAAGGAAAAAGAUAAAUUUAAUCGAGUGAAGGAUAAGGAGGAAGAAAUGAAAGUAGUAGAAGAGGAAAUAGAAGCAGAAGUGGAAGAUGAAAUAGUAGGAGUACAAGAACAUACCGAACAACAUCAACAUACGCAGAGAUCCCAAGAUGACAGAAAAGAAAAAAAUGAAGAAGAGGAAGAGGAUGAGGAAGAUGAAGAAGAUGAGGAAGAUAAAGAAGAUGAGGAAGAUAAGGAAGUAGUAGAGGAUGAAAUAGAAGAACAGGAAGAAGGCGAGGAUGAGGUAGAACAAAUAAAAAAGGGAAAUAGUGAUCAAGAUGAAGAAGAAUUAGUGGACGAAGAGGAGGAGAAAAAAAAAGAAGACGAUGAUGAUGAAGAUUACGAUCCGGAAGAAGAAGAAGAAGAAGAAAUAAAAAAUGCAGAGGAGGAAAACGAGGAAAGAGAUAUUGAAAAUGAUGAAAAUGGUUAUGAAGCAGUAGAAGGAGGAAGAGAAGAAGAGGAAGAAUUAGAAGAAGUAGAAGAAGAGGAAGAGGAAGAGGAAGAAGAGGAAGAAGAGGAAGAGGUAGAAGAAGAGGAAGAGGUAGAAGAAGAGGAAGAGGUAGAAGAAGAGGAAGAGGUAGAAGAAGAAGAAGAAGAAGAGGAGGAAGGGGGAAAAAAACGAAAAAAGCAAAAGAUUCAUGAGGAUGAGGAACAAAAAGUGGAAGACGAAGAAUACGACCUUGAAGAAGAUGGACAAAAAGAUGUAGAUGAAAAUGAGGAAGACGUUUAUGACGACGAACCGAAUGAUGAAGAGCAAAAUAAAUUCGAGGAGGAAAAUUACUCGGACUGA